AUGUGCGCAGGGCAAAAGAGGUUUACGGUCAGUAUGGAUACUGUUUCAUCUGUUUUCCCUCUGAACCCUGUUGGUGCCCAGGAAAAUAUCCACUGGGAAAUUCAGCGUUAUGAUGGCUGGUACAACAACCUCAUGCAACAUAAACACAACUCAGCAGGUUCACGGAUGUCACGUCUACUUCCUGCUAACUAUGCAGACGGUGUAUACCAGGCCCUGCAGGAACCUCAUGUCCCCAAUGCACGCAGGCUUAGCAAUGCGGUGGCCCAAGGGAAUUCAGAGAUGCCUUCUCGGAAGAACAGGACAGUGCUUGGUGUUUUCUUUGGCUUCCACGUGCUGUCAGAGAUUUCAGAGGCCGACAAUCCAGGCUGCCCAGCCGAAUUCCUCAACUUGCUGAUCCCUCUUGGAGAUCCUGUCUUUGACCCCAGCAGAUCUCAACAGGUCGUCCUGCCCUUCCAGAGGAUGCGUUGGGCUGCAGGAACAGGACGAAGCCCCAACAAUCCCCGAGAGAUGGUAAAUGGGGUGACUGGCUGGUUAGAUGGCAGUGCCAUCUAUGGCUCAUCACAUUCCUGGAGCGAUUCUCUAAGGAGUUUCUCCCGAGGGAAGCUACUUUCUGGAACAAAAGAUGGUUUCCCAAAGCAGACAGAAGUGAACAGCUUAAUGUGGAAGGCUUUGGAUCCAUCUACAGGGAGGGGUGGAUCACAAGGCAUCUUUGAAUUUGGAAAUGCCAAAGGAAAUGAAAACGUCUUCCUGCAAGCCAUGAGUAUUGUCUGGUUCCGCUAUCACAACUAUUGGGCAGAAAAACUGGCCAAGCAGAACCCAGGCUGGUCAGACGAGGAUGUAUUCCAACAUGCACGCAAGAGAGUCAUUGCCACUUACCAGAAUAUUGUGCUGUAUGAGUGGCUUCCAAUCUUUCUGGAGAAGACAACCAUCACAGAUUAUGAAGGUUACAAGCAGCAUGUGGAUUCCAGGAUCUCUCCUGAAUUCCUCGUGGCUUCUGCACUCUUUCUUGGCACUAGAGUCCCAUCUGGAGUCUAUAUGAGGAAUUCAACAUGUAUUUUCCGAAAUGUGUCUGACAUAAAUGGACAACUUUCUCCAGCCCUCCGCCUAUGCAACAACUACUGGAGCCGGGAGAAUCCUAACCUCCAGACAGCUAAGGAUGUAGAUGAUCUGCUCCUGGGAAUGAGUUCUCAAAUUACCAAGCUGGAAGACAACAUUGUGGUUGAAGAUCUCCGAGAUUACUGGUAUGGGACAGUGAAGUACUCCCGAAUGGAUUUUGUGGCGAGCUGGAUCCAGCGAGGAAGAGACCUGGGAUUAUCUACCUAUAAUAAAGCCAGGGAGUUCUUCAGACUUCAGCCUGCUAAGAACUGGACAGACAUUAAACAGAAGAACCAAAAGAUCCUUGAAUUAACUGCAAACCUGUAUGGUAACAACCCUGAUCACCUGGAGCUGCUUCUUGGAGGGAUGCUGGAAGAGGAUGAGACCCUCUUCCGAGCCAUCAUUGAGGACCAGUUUGUUCGCCUACGAGAUGGAGACCGAUUCUGGUUUGAAAACACCAAGAAUGGACUGUUCACUUCGGAAGAGAUUGAGGCCAUUAAGAAGACUACCUUCCGUGAUGUUCUUGUUGCUGUCAUCUACUCAGACAAAAUCCAAGCAGAUGUGUUUAUCUGGAAUGAUGAUGGUCCAUGCCUCCCGGCCAGGCAGUUGGAUUUGCAGACCCUCCCUUCCUGCAAAAAGCUGACCAUCCUAGAUUACUUUGAAGGAAGUGCUGCUGGUUUUGGAAUCCUCAUUGCUGCUCUAUGUUGUUUGCCUUUAGUGAGUCUGUUCAUUGCCUGGGUUGUUGCUGCUUUCCGGAGGAGAUCUUUCCGUAAGCUGCAGAAGAAGCAAAAUCCCACCAUUCAUCCAGAAGUAUCUGCUGAAGGAACCCAAGCCUUUGAAUGGCAAGGCUCCAAGACGGACAGUUCACUUGUCUACAUCCAACUGAAGGAAGACAGAGUGAUCAAAGUGCUUGAUAGCAAGCUGGCUGUGGUUCGAAGCAUAACCCUAAAAAGCCAGCAGAAAGUGGAGACCAUCAUGUCUAACAACAGAGGCAGCAAAGCUAUACUUCUGAAGAUCCCUAAAGAGUAUGACCUGGUGUUGCUGUUUAACACAGAAGCAGAAUGCAAGGACUUCCUUGGACAACUGAAAACCUACUUGGAAAUAAAUGAAUUAUCUCUCCAAGUGUCAGUGAUGAGUGAACAGCAGCUGCUGAAUAAGGCAGUAACCAAGGAGCAAAGAAAAGAUAUUCUGGAAAUUUUUUUCCGGCAUUCGUUUGCUCAGGUUCUAAACAUUGACAGAUUAGAUGCUGGAGAACUCAGCUUGGAAACAUCUCAAAAAGCCAAGGAAGCCUUAAAAUGUGAGCUGAGCCGGGCAGAGUUUGCUGAUGCCCUGGGCCUCAAACCCCAGUCUGUAUUUGUGGACUCCAUGUUCUCUCUCGCCGACAAAGAUGGGAAUGGGUAUCUCUCCUUCCGGGAAUUCCUGGACAUCUUGGUGGUCUUUAUGAAAGGAUCUCCACAGGAGAAGUCCAAACUGAUGUUUGCCAUGUAUGAUAUAGAUGGAAAUGGCUUCCUUUCAAAGGAAGAAUUCUUUCGGAUGCUGAGGUCCUUCAUUGAGGUUUCUAACAACUGCCUCUCACGGGAUCAGACCGAGCAGGUCAUUGAGUCCUUGUUCAAAGAAUCAGGAUUCCAGGACAAGGAGGAGCUCACCUGGGAGGAUUUUCACUACAUGUUGCGGGAUCAUGACAAUGCACUUCGGUGCACUCAACUUUGCAUUAAAGGAGUUCCAGACAGACUCAGACAAAAUGAAAUAAAUCGUGUUUCCUUCAUUAACAAGGAUCGAGAUAACAAAUUGUCAUUCCCAGAACCUCAUCUCUACACAGAAGCACGGAGGGAGCGGUACCAGAGGAGCAAAGUCCACCAGAAGGUCCAGCAGUUCAAGCGGUUCAUUGAGAACUACCGGCGCCACAUUAUCUGUGUGGUGAUAUUCUCAGCCAUCACUGCUGGCGUCUUUGUAGAAAGGGCAUACUACUAUGGAUUUGCAUCACCACCCACUGGCAUUGCUGACACCACCUUUGUGGGCAUCAUGAUCUCUCGGGGGGCUGGUGCCAGCAUCUCCUUCAUGUACUCCUUCAUCUUACUUACCAUGUGCCGAAACCUCAUCACAUUCCUACGAGAAACUUUCUUCAAUCGCUACAUCCCCUUUGACUCUGCUGUGGAUUUCCAUCGAUGGAUUGCAACAGGAGCUUUGAUCUUUUCAGUUUUACAUACUUUGGGCCAUGUUGUGAAUGUCUACAUCUUUUCUGUGACACCUCUCAGCAUCUUGUCCUGUCUCUUCUCUCAUGUAUUUACGAAUGAUGGAUCACAAUUUCCUCCCAAAUACUACUGGUGGUUUUUUGAGACAAUACCAGGCAUGACUGGAGUGCUAUUACUUGUCAUCCUCGCUAUCAUGUAUGUCUUUGCCACUCACUACUUCCGGCGAAUCAGCUUCCAAGGAUUCUGGAUCACCCAUCAUCUCUAUGUGGUUCUCUACAUUCUGGUUAUCAUCCAUGGCAGCUACGCUCUGAUCCAACAGCCCCGCUUUCAUAUUUACUUCAUUAUCCCAGCUCUUAUCUAUGGAGCAGACAAACUCAUCAGCCUUAGCAGGAAGAAGGUAGAAAUCAGCGUCAUUAAGGCUGAACUCCUCCCUUCAGGGGUCACCUACCUCCAGUUCCAGAGACCCCAGGACUUUGACUACAGGUCUGGACAAUGGGUGCGGAUUGCAUGUUUGUCCCUGGGGACCACUGAGUACCAUCCUUUCACUCUGACAUCUGCUCCCCAUGAAGACCUGCUAAGUCUGCACAUCCGAGCAGCUGGACCUUGGACAACUCGACUGCGGGAACUCUACUCCCCAGAAAGCAUAGCAGAAAUUGGCAAAUAUCCCAAGCUCUAUCUUGAUGGUCCAUUUGGAGAGGGACACCAGGAAUGGAACAAAUUUGAAGUGUCAGUCCUGGUGGGUGGUGGCAUUGGAGUGACACCCUUUGCCUCCAUCCUUAAAGACCUUGUCUUCAAGUCCUCAGUUGGCUCCAGGAUCCUGUGCAAGAAGAUCUACUUCAUCUGGGUGACCCGGACACAGCGGCAGUUUGAGUGGGUGGCUGACAUUAUUCGAGAAGUGGAGGAGAAUGAUCAACGUGACUUGGUCUCUGUGCACAUCUACAUCACCCAGCUGGCUGAGAAGUUUGACCUGCGCACCACCAUGCUAUACAUCUGUGAACGUCACUUCCAGAAGGUCCUCAACCGGAGCUUGUUCACAGGCCUGCGUUCCAUCACCCACUUUGGACGACCGCCAUUUGUCCCCUUUUUCUGCUCAUUGCAAGAGGUUCAUCCUGAGGUACGGAAGAUUGGUGUUUUCAGCUGUGGCCCACCUGGCAUGACAAAGAAUGUGGAGAAAGCAUGUCAGAAAAUCAACAAGAGGGACCAAACUUACUUUAUACAUCACUAUGAGAAUUUUUAG